AUGGCUUCUGUUUCCAUUUCUGAUCCUUGUCUCUCCACGAAGAAGAAAAGGACAACUGGGUCCGCGAAACUGAAGCAAAUCAAACUUGACGUUCGGCGUGAACAAUGGCUUUCUCGAGUCAAAAAAGGAAGUGAAGUUGACUCAAAUGGAAGGGUUGAUCAUUGGCCUUCAUCAAAGAACAUUGCCUGUGAGGAUAAUAGAUCAUCAUACAAGGAAAAUAGGAGGAAAAGAGGAGAGGAUAUUGAAGGCUCUUGCAUCCAGGGUAAUGAUUCAGGAUCUAUUAUAAACAACUCCAUUCAAAAUAGUUUUGAUCUUGAUGAGUCAGGGAGUGAUUUCUCUGGGAGUAGCACCACCAGUACCACCAGCAUCAGUGCUUGUUUCUCAGGGAAUGUCAGUGACAAAGAAGUGGAUGAUGGAUGCCUUGAUGACUGGGAGGUUGUUGCUGAUGCUUUAUAUGCAAAUGAUAAUCUGUGUUCUGUGGUUUCAGAGUCUUCUCCAGUUCAAGAGGCUGCCAGGAAUUUCAGAGCAGAUUUCUCAAAACCGGAGUUCAAAUCAGCUGUUCCUAAAUCAUGUCUAAACCGUCGAGCAUGGAAACCUGACGAUGCUCUUCGUCCUCAGUGCUUGCCAAACCCCUCGAAGCAACAUAGUUCUCCAUUAAAUUCAAACUGGAAUGGUAACCACAAAACUGUACCUUGUGCAUGGCAAACCAUAAUGUCACAACCUCCUCAAUGUCCCAUCUGUUAUGAGGAUUUAGACAUGACAGACUCAAGCUUUCUUCCUUGUUCGUGUGGAUUUCAUCUCUGCCUAUUUUGUCACAAAAGGAUCCUUGAGGCAGAUGGGCGGUGUCCAGGCUGCAGAAAACCAUAUGAUCAUGUUAAUGGGAAUGUUGGAUUCAACAUAGGGGUCAAAGCUUUCCACUUUGCCCAAUCUUUCAGUAUGAGCACAGGGUGCUAG